GCAUGAUCUGUGACGUCACCACGCGUUCCAAAUACGAAAUUCGCGCGCGAAUAUUUUCUUUUUCAUAAAAAGUAUUGUUCUAUCUGUGUGUGUGUCUGUGCUUGUUCUUAAUUUGAAUUUACUGCUUUUUUGGUGGAUUUUGAAUUUCGAAGUGACACAAUUGAAUUGGGUUAAAGUGCAAUUAAGAAGAAUUAAAAAUGGAUAACUUACUUAACUUCUGAAAAAGGUCUCAAAACGAUGACCAACAAAGCGGGAGUACAAAAUGUGACCUAACAUUAUCCUGGACAUGAAUAAUCUCACUUUCCUGGACCCAGCGUUUCAAGAAUUCCAAUGUCACCUGAGGCACGGGACGGGCUGCGGCGAAUCCUUCUCCGGCCUUGACUGCACUGCUGAUGAAAACAGUAUUAACUAUACCUGCGAGCUAAACAUAGACAUACAAAAUGAAACCUCAUAUACUUGCACUACGUGUAAUAUUACGAAUGCUGGUAGCAACAACACUUUAUGUACUCCUUACCUCAAGCUGAACAUGGUGACAAUAAUAUUCGAAAGUGCACUGAAGAAUCUGUGGCUCCGAUUACCCAAUUUCUUCUGCGAUUUGGACACCCUAUUCUGUUAUACAGAGGCUAACAAUCGGACGUUGUACAUUGACGUUUUAAAUGACACUCCAGUGUUAGGUGUAGUGGAAAGUUUUCAAUGUAGUUAUGGAUUUAGGAAUAGUACGGAAGAAGUGGUGGACAAAGUGGGAUACGAUUGGAGUUUCUUGUUUGUGAUAGUGUUUAUUAUAGCGGGUGGUGUGGGCAAUAUAUUAGUGUGUUUGGCCGUGUGUUUGGAUAAAAGGCUGCAAAAUGUGACGAAUUAUUUUCUUCUUUCGCUGGCCAUUGCAGAUCUGCUGGUCAGUUUGUUUGUGAUGCCGAUGGGGGCUAUUCCUGGAUUCCUAGGUUACUGGCCGCUGGGAGUGGUAUGGUGCAACGUGUACGUCACGUGCGACGUGCUCGCGUGCUCAGCCAGCAUCAUGCACAUGUGCUUCAUCAGUAUUGGCAGGUACCUAGGCAUACGCAACCCUCUGAAGAGUCGCCAUCACUCCACCAAGAGGGUAGUGGUCAUCAAGAUCGCUCUCGUCUGGCUACUAAGCAUGUUCGUCUCAAGUUCCAUUACUGUUUUAGGUCUCAUCAACCGCACAAAUAUAAUGCCGACGCCAGACUUGUGCGUGAUCAAUAACCGUCUAUUCUGGAUCUUUGGCUCGCUGGUAGCGUUCUACAUCCCCAUGCUGACCAUGGUGGUGUCUUUCGCUUUGACCGUGCAGCUGCUGAAGAGGCAAGCCAGGCUCGCUGCCACUCCUGUGCCUGGAGGGACGCAGAGGAGGCAAUGCGGCGGUUACGACAACGGUCCAACUCAAGGCAUGCGGCGGGUUGGAGUGAGGAGUUCUCCAGAUUUAUCACCUAAUAGAACUGUCUCGAGACAGCUCACUUGGAGAAUCACUAGCGCUACCAGAGCACAACGCAACAAAGUGGGGAUGAGCGUCUCCCACCCCCAGCUGUCGUACAUGAACGGCUGCGGAGGUACCGGGUCUUCAGGGUCCAGGCGUGGACGUGACGUGGCCACGCAGACUCCUCCCAGCAUAGCUGCUGAGACGAGGAGAGCGAGGCUGAGGCCGCUGAAGCUCACGCUGGCUGCUCCUAACGCUUUGACUCUUAGAUUCCUAGCCAACCGCAAAAAAGGCCGUUCACUCUCAGCAAACGCAGUAGCGAAUGAGCAGAAAGCAACCAAAGUCCUUGGUCUUGUCUUCUUCACGUUCGUACUCUGCUGGGCUCCGUUCUUCUUACUAAAUAUACUGUUUGCCGCCUGUCCGGCCUGCAUAGUCCCAGAGCACGUGGUGGAUAUCUGCCUCUGGUUGGGCUACGUGUCUUCCACCAUCAACCCUAUUAUCUACACCGUGUUCAACAGAACCUUCAGGGCGGCCUUCCUCAGGCUGCUGAGGUGUCAUUGUACCAGACGCGGCCGCUGCACCCGCUACCGUUCCACGGGGUCAACGCGAGGUGCAUCACAGCUCUGCGCCAGGUCAGCUUUACCCCUCGCCAUAUCAUUACGACCCUCAGGACUACAAGCCUCCUCACCAGCAGCCCCAGAUACCACCGAAACAGUAUUGAUAGAACAACCUUUAGGAGACUUUAAUCUUAGGUAUUAAGUGUUUGGGUGACAAGAAGCUUGUAUAGAAAUGGAGUCCAUACCAAUUGAACAAAAAUUGUAACACAAAGAAACAAGAAGCAGUAUUUUUUAUUUAGUAAAUGUGGUCCAUAAUUUGAUGAAACAUUGUUUAAAUGUAAACUGAUUAUUUGUACGUUGGCUGUCAUUUUAACGCCUUUGGUCGUUAUGUGUACUCAAUGCCAGUUAUUCGGACAACCAGUCUUAAAAAGGGGUAUUGGGUUAACCGUUUAACUGAGGACGUUGAGAAGGUCAAAUAGGUAGUCGCUCCUUGUAAACCAGUUAGACUGGAAGUCGACCCUAACAUAGUGAGAAAAGGCUAUGCAGAUGAUGGUCUCCAGUAAUACAUACAAGCCUCUUGUAUUCAAAAAAUAUUGAAGAUAUAAUUUGGUUUUUCUAAUUGGAACCUACUGCCAAAGUGAACUAUGUAAUUGAAAUGUAUUAGAUUUGAAGUCUGAUAUAAUUGUGUUUUAUAUCGAAAUCCUAAAGAACAGAUGUUUUUGUAAAUUUAAUAGUGCCAAAGUAGUAUUUCAGUACAAAUAAGUUAUUAAAUAAUAUUCUUCCAGUAUCGUUAGUACCUGUUUUAUUGUAAGGACAUUUCUAGAUUCUAAUUUAUUUCGAUGUAUUUAAUUUGUACGAGUAAUUUGAAGAGGAAUGCCCAUUUUAUUUUUAAUAGUAAUCAUUUUUUCUUUUAUACCAUUCCCUGCUGUUAUAUUUACCGUUAUUAUGAUACGAUGUAAUUUGUCUUCAGUAAUAUUUUUGCACAGACGUAGAUUAUAAAAUUCCUUCACUUGAACAUUUCUUUAACUUUUGUUGAAAGAAAUGAAAUAAUUAUUGUCUGCCAAAUAACAGAAACUUUUCAGUAUUAAAAUAUGUAUUAUUACUAUAUUUUGGAUACUUUACUCAUGGUAACGACCAGAAUUAUAGAGCCCUGCCAAAUAGCAUGCCAAUUUUAUCCCCGUAUUUUCGGUGCAAUUACCGAUUUAUCUUGUGCAGCCAGUUUAUUCACACGACCUUCGCGUAGCUGGUUAUAUAUGAUCCCCCAUCUAUGUUUCCCAAGAAGACCACUACUAAAGAAAGUUUAAGAAAGUAAAGCACGUUAAAAAUAAACAAAAACCAAUAAGUGUGUAUUCUUCCAAUGAGCUCAUAUCACAAGCCAGACAGAAGCUUCUCGUUUAAACCGUACUCUUUUUUCAUCAUCAUACUCUCAAUCAUAGAUCAAUAUUUUUAUUCGGAUUAUCAUAUCCUCCCCUUCCAAACAUUAACAGCCUUACUUAUAAAAAUCUCUAAUCACCUUCUAAGCAACGUUCAUAAGUAAGAAUUUUCUUAAACAGCCCUUAAGUAUUACUUAUUAUUUAAUUCACGUUCAUAAGUAAGGCUGUAAGUCCUCUCGCAAGUAACAUUGUUUAAAGCUAUUGCAUUAUAUUUUUGUAGUAUACUUUUUCCCACAAUUUUAUUCAUCCUUCAUCCCCUUUUUAUAACUAUAUUUUUAUUUAAUGUUUUACAAUCAGGCAACAAUGGCCCAUAGAUACAUACCUUAAAACGAACAUACAUACAUUAUAUACAAAACUACUACUAUAUACUUUAAUACUAUCAUCAGACAGGCGUUAAUGAGUUGACCAAUACCUCGUAAAGCCUGCGGUCUCGUGUAAUUCUGAAAUAUGUUUUAAAUUAAAUUGUGAUGAGGUGAGAUGAAAUGCUGAAAUUCACAUUUCGUCUGGCAGUGCCGUCGCGGGAAAUCAAUCCGUUUUCGCGGAAAUUGCUUAAUUUUGAGCACAUUUUUUUUUAUUUCUUAACAUUUUAUUUUGAAUAUGAAGACUUUGAGCUUAUGAAGGGGAAUAUUUAGAAGCAUAAGGCACAGUGAAGUAUGUAAUAUAUUAAGCUGCAGGUCAGACUAUAUGAAAGAGUUAUCGAAGGCCAAUUCCACGGAGGGCAUAAUAUUUGGACUUUAGCCAGUACCUAGUCUGACAUUAGAGGGGUCAUUUGUUAAUUUGCCACCUACCAUAACAAAAAUCCAUUUGUCAAACAGUAGCGAUAAUAUCGUAUUUAAAACUCCUAUAUGUAUAUUUGUUUUUGCAAUCAAAUCACAAACGCCAUAACCGAGAGAUAAACGAUAAUUAAAAACAAAAUUCUUAAUUAGUUCGGCACACCACACACUCUAAGUUAAUGAACACAUAAAUUACGAACAAGAAUUAACUAAUUAACUGUGCUAUAAUAAAUUCCAGUUAAAAUGUUGCGUUUUAUUUGAA